AUGGCUGGUUGGCAACUCCAAUGUUCUAACACAACUUGCUUACCAUUUGUCACUGUUAAUGUGUCGAAUAUCCGCCAGUGUCAAAUUGCUUGUUUAGCUGACGUCCAUUGUAAAGCAGUUACUUUCCAUAAAUCAUCGUCUAUUUGUGAAUUAUUUGCUGAUAUAUCAAACCAAAAUGGCAAUCUGAUGGUCAAUAUGGACACUGUUACUAUGAUUGUUACGGAUGGAACACGAAUUCCACUCGGACCGACUACGACAUCAACUACAACAUCAUCGUCGACUUCAUCAUCAACAUCCUCCACAUCGGCAACAUCAACAACAACAUCAUCAUCUACAUCAUCCACAUCGUCAACAACAUCAACAACAACAUCAACCACUUCAUCAUCAACAUCAUCCACAUCGGCAACGUCAACAACAACAUCAUCAUCUACAUCAUCCACAUCGUCAACAACAUCAACAACAACAACCACAACUACUACUUCGUCAUCAACAUCAUCCACAUCUUCAACAUCAACAACAACCUCAUCAUCAACAUCAUCCACAUCGUCAACCACAUCAACAACUUCAACAACAACAACAAAAACUACUACUUCGUCAUCAACAUCAUCCACAUCGUCAACAACAACAACAACACCCGCCUGCAGCUAUUUUCUUAAUCAAACUACUUACUCAGUUGGCCAGUAUCCUCAAACAGUAGUAGUCGUUGAUGUGAAUAGCGACAAUAAACCCGAUAUUAUUGUUCCAAACUAUGGAGCGAGCACUGUCAGUGUUCUUCUCAACGCAGGCAACGGUACCUUUAAUAAUCAAACUACUUACCCAACUGGUGGUGCUCCAUUUGCAGCAGCAGUCGUCGAUGUGAAUAGCGACAAUAAAUCCGAUAUUGUUGUUGUAAACGCUGGUUCGGGCACUGUCAGCGUUCUUCUCAACGCAGGCAACGGUACCUUUAAGGCUCAAACUAAUUACACAGUUGGCAGUAGCCCUCAAGGAGUAGCAGUCGUCGAUGUGAAUAGCGACAAUAAACCCGACAUUAUUGUUUCCAACGGUGGCUUGAGCACCGUCGGUGUUCUUCUGAACACAGGCACCGGUACCUUCGGUGCUCAAGCUACUUACGCAGUUGGUACUGGCCCAUAUGCAGUAGCAGUCGUUGAUGUGAAUAGCAACAAUAAACCCGAUAUUGUUGUUGUAAACUACAGCGAUAACACUGUCAGUGUACUUUUCAACACAGGCAGUGGCGCCUUUAGUACUCAAUCGACUUACCCAGUUGGUACUAACCCAUAUUCACUAGCAGUCGUCGAUGUGAAUAACGACAAUAAACCUGAUAUUAUUGUUGCAAACCGAGGUUCGUACACUGUUACCGUUCUUUUCAACGGAGGCAGCGGCACCUUUAAUGCCCAGACUAAUUACUCAGUUGGUAAUCCAUAUGGAGUAGCAGUCGUUGAUGUUAAUAGCGACAAUAAACCUGAUAUUAUUGUUCCAAACUAUUAUUCGCCCUACGUCGUCGGUGUUCUUCUCAACGCAGGUAAUGGCUCCUUUAAUCCUCAAAUUACUUACCCAGUUGGUAAUGGCGCUCGUUCAGUAGCAGUGGUUGAUGUGAAUAGUGACAACAGACCUGAUAUUAUUGUUUCAAAUGAGAAUUCUGGCACUGUCAGUGUUCUCUUCCAUUGUUAA